AUGUUAGAUGAAGUCAAUUUAUUUCAUCCCAAUAUCAAAUUAGUCCGUCAAAUUGGCUCAAGCGCAUCCUUUCUCCAUGCUCAGAUCGAAAAUAGAAAUCGCAUAUUGCCAACAUCAGAUCAUCACAAAGAAGCAGUUGAACCUUAUGUGAUACCAUUUACAUCUGAUCAUCCAAAGCAUGUGUUCAUGAGUAUCAUCAAUACGGUACUUAUACGAGCUAUUCGAUAUUCUUCAACAUUAUCAACAUUUCAAAGUGAACGACGCUCCAUCAAAUUAAUGUUGUUGUAUAACGGAUUAGAUAAACGUACCGAGUUCGCGAUCUAA